GUACAGCUUUCAGUACUAAUGUUUUCCUUUUUCUUUUUGACCCCUUAUAUGAAAGGACAAAAAGCCAUCUAUUCAUUAUUCCUGAAAGAGAUACUCAAAGAAGAAAUACCAGAAGAAAUGGCUGAUUCUCCAGUAAGAAUGUCUCAGGGUCUGCUGACAUUCAAGGAUGUGACUGUAUACUUCUCCCAAGAGGAGUGGGAAUGCCUGGACACUUCUCAGAGGAUGUUGCACCUUAAUGUGAUGUUUGAGAAUUACAGCAACCUGGUCUCUGUGGAGAACUAUUACCUAUAUGAUCAUACCCAACAACACGUGAAGACUGAAAAGCAGACUUGUCAGUGUGAGGAGCUUGGGAAAAUGCUUCAUGACCCCUCCACAUGUGCACUUUAUAGAACAAGUGAAACUACAGACAACUCUAAUAACUGCAGACGCAACUGGUACAGGGAUGCCUCUUUUGAUUCAUCAAACUCAGAACGACAUGAAAGCAUGCACACUGGAGAAGAACUGUUCAAUUCUAAAGAGUCUGAGGCAUCCUUAAAUUUGUGCUCCAACAUUACCCCAGAUCACAGACUCUGCACUGCAAAGGAAGAGCACAGGCAGGGAGAAUACGAUGACUGUUUUGACACUACAGGCAGUCUUUUCCAACAACCAGUCUACAUUGGAGAGACACUACACCAGUGUGGUAAAUGCAGGAAAUGCUUCAGUACUGCCUCAAGUCUCACUGUACAUCAGAGAAUUCAUACCGGGGAGAAGCCUUAUAAAUGUAAAGCAUGUGACAAAUACUUUAAUGUGAAGUCAAAUCUCAUAAGGCAUCAGAGAAUUCAUACUGGAGAAAAGCCUUAUACCUGUAAGAAAUGUGGCAAAUCCUUUAAUCUGAAGUCAACUCUUACACUGCAUGAGAGAAUUCAUACUGGAGAGAAGCCUUACAAAUGUAAAGAGUGUGACAGAUCCUUUUAUGUAAAGUCAGAUCUUACCAAGCAUCAGAGAUAUCACACUGGAGAGAAACCCUACAAGUGCAAAGUUUGUGAAAAAUCCUUUACCCGGUUCUCAACUCUUAAAGGGCAUCAAAUACUUCAUACUAAAGAGAAAUCUUACAAAUGCAAAGAAUGUGGUAAGUCCUUUCUUGAGAUAUCACAUCUUAAAAACCAUUACAGGAUCCACACUGAUGAAAAACCUUACAAAUGUGAAGUAUGUGACAAAAUCUUUACUCUAAACUCAUAUCUUAGAAGCCAUCAGAGAGUUCAUACUGGACAGAGACCUUACAUAUGUAAGGAAUGUGACAAAUCCUUUACACUGAAGUCGACACUCACAAAGCAUCAGAGAAUCCAUACUGGAGAGAAACCUUACACAUGUCAAGAAUGUCACAAAUCCUUUACUGUGAAGUCAACUCUUACAAAUCAUCAGAGAAUUCAUACUGGAGAGAAACCCUUCAAGUGCAAUGUCUGUAAAAAAUUCUUUACCCAGCGUUCAAGUCUUAAAACACAUCAAAAACUUCAUACUGGGGAGAAAUCGUACAAAUGAAAUGAAUGUGGAAAGUCCUUUCUUGAAAUAAUACAUGUUAAAAACCAUUACAGAAUCCACACUGGUGAAAAACUUUAUAAAUGUAAGGAAAAUGACAAGACUUUUUUUUACAGUCUCAGAUCUUAGAAAACACUGGAAAAUUCAUACUUGCAAGAAAGCUUACAAAUGUGGAGAAUGUGACAGGUCCUUUAUCCAGAAUUCAUAUUUUGAAGACACCAGAGAGUUCAUACUGGAGAGAGAUAUUACAGAUGUAAGAAGUGGGGCAAAUCUUUGUCUACACAUUCAUCUCUGAGAGAACAUCAGAAAAUACAUACUGAAGAGAUACUGGGUAGGGAAUGUGAAAAAUCUUUUAAUACAUGUGCAUAUAUUAGACAACAUCAGAAAAUGUCAUACUGGAGAGAAACCUUAUGUAAGCAAAGACUGUGACCUAUUCUUUAACCACAUUUCACAUCUUAGCAGACAUCUGAAACUUUCUAUUGGAGAGAAACCUUUAAAAAUCUUUACAUGCAUGUAAAACCUUAUAACAUAUCAGAGAAUUCUCACUGAAGAGAGACAUUACAGAUGUACAGGAUGUGACACGUCUUUUACUGGCUGCUCAUAUCUAUAGAGCACUUCAGAAAAUUCAUACUGGAGAGAAACUUCACAAAUGUGUUGACUUUGGAAUAUCCUCUGUCCACCUUUCAAAUGUUAGAAGACAUCAGAAACUUCAUACUGCACAGAAAACACCAUUGUACAUCAAGUGACAUAGCAUUUACAUGGUAUUCUUGACUUACAAAUUCCAAGUAUACAUAAUAGAAACAUAAAGAUAAGGAACAUGUGAAAGCCUUUAAUGAAGUGUUAAAUCUUAUAAAAUAUCACAGAACUUAUAUUCAAAUAAAAUCCUGAAAUAUGAACUAUGUGAAUUAUUCUUUAUGUGCAUGGGUGCUUUGUAUAUAAGACUUUCUGUGAACUGUAUGUCGGUCUGAUGUCUGAUCUUGAAGGUGUAAAUAAAAUAAAAACAGGUGUGAGCUAUUGUGUGCAUGUUGAGAAUUUAAUGCCGGUCCUCUGGAACAACCAGUGCUUUGCCCAUUAAUCAUCUUGCCAGCCCCUAAAAAUAAUUGUGAUAAAACCAUUUACCUUGUUCAACAUUCAAUUAUUGAUAAUAAUACCAUACAAAGUGAUAAAUGUCUUAAAUCCCAGCAUUUAGCGUCACAGGUAUGCUCACAAAUAGCUUUAAAAUCCCCAAGGUCUUUCUUGGGUCUCCAUGGGGCAUAAUAUCAGCACUCUGGAAAUAGAAACUGGUGGAUCUCUGUGAGUUGAGCAUGGUUCAUAGUCCAAAAUCCAAUACAAAUGGCUACACAGAGAAACUCCAUCUCAAAACGAAAGCAAUAAAAAAUUAAAGAAAUACUUGAGGGCAUGAUUUCAUUUUGACAUAUGGAAAGUAAAGGGGGAAGUAUUUACUCUACCAAAAUAAUAAAUCAUAUAGCUUUCAUUAACUUCUGGGAGACUCUCAUAGAGGUCAAAGAGACUCAUGGGACUCUCCCUCAGCCAUCAUGAAAUGGUAAUUGCCACAGUCAAACAGUUGCUUUACUUAAUACCUUAUGUACCGUUAUGAACCUAUGCAUUAAUCACUACCAACUGCAAAAGGAGACUUCUUUAACUCAAGUUGAGUGCAGAAACAUUCAUAAAUAUAACAAAUAUUUAGAGCACAGAUUAACAAAAAGAGAAUUAACAAAACAUCAGUGGGUUCUCUCCUUGGCCUUAUAACUCGCAAAAUUGAGUUUUUGACCGUGAAAUAAAUUUUUCUCUAUUAAUCAGGCUUCUAAUACAAUCCGGAAAGACUUUGGUUAUGCCCAUAACCAAUCAUGCAAGUAUUGCACCAGUACAAAACAACUUGUAAAGUAAGGUGGUAUUGAAUGAUACAGGGUCCAAGGACAAGUAAGACCACUGACACCUUUUCUUUGCCAGCAGGCUAUGAAAGGGAGCCAGGAGGGACUCUGUCUCUGUCUCUCUCUGUCUCUCUCUCUCUCUCUCACACACACACAAACAGAGAGAGAGCGAGAGAGAGCGAGAGAGAG